AUGGAUAAAGAACAUGGUGAGUCUGCGGAGAAUUUGGGCAGAGUAGCGCAAUGCUUGAGACUUAACGAUUGGAGAAAGAAGGAGAGAAAAGUGAAUUUCAAUCCGUUGAAGCAAAAUAGUCUCGCUAACACUGACUCUGCUGGAGAUACGACUACCCUUCCAAAAAGGCCCAACAUGUUAGAAAGAUGGCCUACCACAGAAUAG